AUGGACCUCUUCCCCAACGGGGGCUUCGCGCGGCUGCGGAGCCGCGCGCGGGACAAGUACGUCCACGCCGACGAGGAUGCGACCAGCGUCUCCCUGCGCCCGCUCGGCGCCGUCCCCUCCCUGAACGCGGUGUGGAAGGCGGACCUCUGGCCCCUCCAAGGGGGCAACGUCCUCCUCCUCCAGGGCGCCGCCUACGGCCGGUACCUCGCGGUCGCGCACGAGGAUGAGGUUGUACCGUCCGGCCACCGCGGCGUCCGCGCCGUCCAACGCGACUACACCUCGAUGAAUCUGGACCGUCCCUUCAUGUGGAGGGCCGCUAGGGUGGAAGCCGGCCAGAACUACGUCCGCUUGCGAAACGUCCAGCGCUACCUCCGCGCCAACGGCAGGCACUGCUACUGGAACAACCUCGUCACCGUCGAUGUCAGGAACGGCGACGAGACCAUGAUGAUGCAGUGGAGGGUCGAGGCCAUCCCGUCGACCCCGGAGACGCUGCCCCUUCCGCCUCCACCUCAGCCUCCGAUUCAUUUAAGGCGUGGCCUGUUCAGGAGGCGCACCGGGCACGACGUGCAUCCGCAUCCGGGGCGGAGGAUGCGGCAUGUGCGGUUGAACGAUGAUGGGAACUAUGUUAAUGACCACUGGCCUGAAUUCGUCUCCUACGACAACUCCGUGUCCAACCUGAGGACCCAGGUGGCGCACCUUGAGGGUGAUGAGAACAUCACGUUGGGCGUGCGAGCCGGCAGGAAUGCGCUUGUGAUCCCGCUUGUCACAAACCUGCCCAAUAACGUAGAUCCCAUGGAAAUCAUCGUCUAUACCACCGGAUCACCAGCAUGUGAGGUGUACAGAGUUUUCAGCGUGUAA